CGUGGUUUGUGUAAACACUGUAAACAUAAACAAAUAUACAAUCAAAAGUAGAAUGUUCAUAGGUAAUACAAAAAUAUUUACAAACGCUUGAAAAGGAAAUUGUGCGACAUUUUUUAAAUUGCUAAUAGUUUACAAUGGAAAAUCUAUUAUAUGACAACGAAAGUGAUUACACUGAUUAUUCAGAGGACUCAGAUGGCGAGAGUGAAGGACUUUUAAAAAAGGCCUUAGACGUAACCCUCCCCUACGAUUUUGUACCCAUAGUAAACCCUGGAAACGGAACUGAAUUUCUUCAGAAUGUAAUAUUUCAGAGAAAGAACAUGAAACGGGUGGUUUGUGCAGAUGAAGACUUGAUGAGUAAAAUUAGAGAUGAUAGUGAUCAUGUAAAAGUUGUUACAAUUCCAAAUCCCCCCACGGAUGAGACCGGCAGUCUUCAACUACCAACUCUAGAGUGGCAGUUAAAAAAGCUAGAAGAAUUUAAGCAGUUUAUAGAAUUUGUUGAACAACGCCAUAAACCAGAAGGUAAAGAAAGAAGACUGAGGUCGAAGAAUGAGCAACAGUUCAUAUCUGACAUCAAGUCACAUAGUCCUAAAUACUCAGUAUUAUUUAAUUACUCUCAUGAAAGUAAAUUGUCAAUACUUGAAAUUCUCACAACGUAUUUGUCAAAGCAGAAACUAUUGGAAGAUUUUGUUGGGCCAUGGUUACUGUACAUUCUUUCCACAUUGGGAUAUCCACCAAGUCCUGGUUGUUGUCACACAAUUAGAGAGUUUCUUAGAGUUUGUCGCAGUAUGAGGUCGAAAUAUUCCAAUACUAUGCCAGAAUCUAGUCUCAAGGCACUGAACUUUUAUAUAUGUAUUAGUAGCAGAUAUUAUGGUCAGCUGGACUUGGCCGAUGGACAUUUGUGAUAGGAUGAAUCUACAAGACUCAGAAAUUAGAACAGAAGACCAAGCACAAGGACUAAUAA